CCCUACUUUAAUUUAUGCUCUUUGCGUACAGCACUUCCCUCGCCAAAAGCCAAUUGGUUUUGGAGUAGAACAUAACCUCAAAACCAAGUGAGUGUUUAUAUGGAGUAUCUCUGUGUAAAAAAAAAACGAAUAAAAAGCUGAUCAAUUUGAGUUGAUUUUCCUGCUCCUCAUCGCGUGUAACCUCUUGAGCCAUGCCUCUCACAAAACAAUACCUACGUUACAAUGCCACCGGUAACCUCAACAUAAUUACAAGUCCAAAAUGCUGCAACCUGGCCUUCGUAACCCUUGAAGCCCAAGAAGGCCGAUUUGUAGCAGUCGGUGCUUCCGAGCACGUUUUUGUCUGGGACCUUCGUCUCGCGGAGAAGGCGCAAGUUCUAACAGGCGAGACUUCGGAAGUGACUUGCUUAGCGGCCUCCCCGAAUAAGCGACACCUGGCUGUCGGCUACGCUGAUGGUACAAUUAAGACCUUCGACUUACGUUCGGGGGAAAACAUGAGCAUUUUUGCCGGUCACAAAUCUGAAAUAACAAGCCUGUCCUAUGACUCUCUAGGCCAUCGGUUGGCCUCUGGCUCCAAGGAUACUGACGUGAUCGUCUGGGAUGUAGUCGCCGAGGCUGGUAUCUGUCGCCUAGUUGGUCAUAAAGGGGUCAUCACCAAGGUAUCAUUUAUGCUCGAGUACAACGUUCUUAUCACCUCCAGCAAGGACACGUUUAUCAAAUUCUGGGACCUCGACACUGAGCACAAUUUUCGAACAAUUGUUGGUCACAGGUCUGAGGUAUGGGGAUUUACACUGGUCAAGGAUGAUAAGUACCUAGUGACCGGUUGCAAUGACCACGAGCUGCGGGUCUACAAGAUCUACAUGACAUCUGCUGACCAAACCAGCAUUACAAAUAUCGACGACCAGAGCAAUGAAUUGAAUGACUAUCCCCUGAAGUGCGAGAAGGUUGGGAGCAUUUUACGAAAGGGUAAGGGACGUGUAGUUUCGCUGUCUUCGGACCCAACAGGUCGGGUAAUUAUAUGUCAUGGGGUGGAGAACAUCAUAGAACUGUUUCACCUGAUUCCCGAAGAGGAGGUAGAGACAAAGGUGUCGAAGCGCCUGAAGAAGGCAAGGAAAAAGUCCGGGGGUGCAGGGCAAGAGGAGGAGUUAACAAACUUGAGCGACGAGGUGAGACGUCUCUCCGUGAUCAAAGCCACCAGCAAAGCCAAAAGCGUCGAUGUGGUGAUGGGCAAGGGAGGCGAGGUCAGAGUUUGCGUGGCCCUUAACAACAAUAGCCUUGAGCUUUAUUCCACAAAUGUAAAGCGCCGGGAAAAGGGUGAGCAAGAGGAGGAGGACAACGUUACUUUAUUAGCAAAUAUCACCUCCCAAGGUCACAGAACUGACGUCCGAGCCAUCUGCUUCAGUUCCGAUAACCUUGCCUUUGCCACUGUCUCUGGGGACUCUAUUAAGUUAUGGAAUAGGCCGUCAUUAGUUUGUCUAAGGACCGUCCAAUGCGGAUAUGCACUCACAGUGACCUUCGUACCUGGAGAUAGACAUCUAGUAGUGGGACUGAAGAGUGGCCAUAUGCUGAUUGUUGAUAUUGCGUCCGGGGAUAUUCUCGAGGACAUUCAGGCGCAUACAAGCGAGCUAUGGAGUGUUGUUUUGUACCCAGAUUUGAAGGGAAUAGCCAGUGGUGGAGGAGAUCAAACGGUCAAGUUUUGGAAUUUUGAGUUGAUUGAGGAUGAAAAAAGUGAAAACAAGUGCAAGGUACUCUCGGUAUUGCAUAAAAGAACUCUUAAACUGGAGGAGGGAGUGCUCUGUGUGAGAAUCAGUCCCAAUGGACGAUUUGUUGCUGUGGCUCUGUUGGAUUCAACUGUCAAAAUUUUCUUUCUGGAUACUUUCAAGUUCUUCAUUUCUCUCUAUGGACACAAACUUCCGGUCCUGUGCAUGGAUAUAUCAAGUGAUUCUACGUUGAUAGCUACUGGAUCGGCUGAUAGAAACAUCAAAAUAUGGGGAAUGGACUUUGGUGAUUGUCAUAAAUCUCUAUUUGCCCAUGAUGACUCGGUUACUGGCUUGAAUUUUGUCCCAAGGACCCACUACUUCUUCACCUCGGGGAAGGAUGGAAGAGUCAAAGAGUGGGAUGCCGAUAGUUUCCAGAAAAUCGUAACACUUCAAGGACACACUGGUGAGGCCUGGAACUGUGCUGUUUCUCCAAAUGGCAUGUUCGUGGCCUCAUGUGGGUCUGAUAAAGUUGUCAGACUGUAUGAAAGAUCUUCAGAGGCAUUAGUUCUCGAGGACGAGGCAGAAGAGGAGCGAGAGAAACAGGAGAACGAAUUGGUUACUGGAGAUACAACGGCAGUGCAAGGACAGAAGCAACAAAUUCUCCCCUCGAAGAAAACUGUCAGCAGUGAGAAAGCUGCAGAACUCAUUCUAGAGUGCCUCGAGGUUUCAAAAGCCUACAAUGAGGAGCUGGAGAAAGUCGUACCACCUAAUGUACCUCCGACUCCUCCCCCGCUGAUGCAGGCCUACAAUUGCAGGACAAGUGAGGAAUAUUUAUUGGAGACAUUGAAGAAGAUUCGUGCAGGGGAUAUGGAGGAAACCCUAUUGCUGCUGCCUUUUUCAGCAGCUUCCGAGAUACUUCAGAUGCUUCCAACGUUAUUGAAGAGGGAAUAUCAAGGCGAAAUGCUUAGCAGAUUGGCUGUCAGCCUUAUUCAGGCACAUCAUGGACCGAUAGUUGCUAAUUCCGAUCUUUUGCCGGUACUGGUGGAGGUCAGGGACUUGGCAAUCAAGAGAAUUAGCAGUCUGAGGGACAUCAUUGGUUACAAUCUCCACGGAAUGGCGUUCAUUCAGAGAGAGGUUGAGGACAGAGAAGGAGUGCAACUAUUCAGGGAUGCGACACAAUCAAAGAAACAUAAAAAUAAAAUUAAAAAGAAUAAGGAGAGAGCCCUCAAACGUGCCAUCAUGGCACUGUAAUUGCCUUGUUAAUGUUUUUAGAUUUCCAUACACUUGUACAGAUUCAGGAUAAAUGUUUUCAAUUAAAUAUUUUCUAAAAAAUAUAUAAAUUUUUUUUUAUUGUUAAUUUUUCUCUUCAUAAUGUGCGCAUUUUUUCAACAACUUUUAUAUUUUUACCUCAUCAAAUUACUCCAUCUAUAGCAGCAUUUGUCAGUGUCACGUUGAAAAUCUAACCUCUCUUUCUUAAGCUGUGCACACAGCAUACAUUAGAUUAAAAACAAACGUUUAUUACGUCUACGAUGAAGGAUCAGAGUUCUUGUAUUAAUGAAGAUGAAAGAUUGCAAAAAGGGUUCACAUAAUGUAGAUUGUAAUUUCCAGUGAUAGAACACUAAAAAUUAAAUGAGAAUGGAUCACGAAGAAGAGUUUCUGAACACUUUCUUCACACAAGUGACACAGCUGUGCUUCGAGAAGGCCAAAGAAUCUG